CUGCAGUGCGCUCUCAUUGGCUGGCGCUUCCAUAUCCCACAAAGCACCGGGCUGCCUAGUCCUUUUUCUUUUCGGCCAUAUUCUUCCCUGGACGGGAAUAAGCGGUCAUGGCCCCCAGUCGGAAUGGCAUGAUCUUGAACCCCCACUUUCAUAAGGACUGGCAGAGGAGAGUUCGCACCUGGUUCAACCAGCCGGCCAGAAAACAACGCAGACGCAAGGCUCGUCAGGCCAAGGCUCGCCGCAUUGCUCCUCGCCCUGUCGCUGGACCACUGAGACCGGCUGUCAGGUGUCCGACAAUAAGGUAUCACAGCAAAGUUCGCGCCGGACGUGGCUUCUCCCUGGAAGAGCUGAAGGCAGCUGGCAUCAACAGUAAAGUAGCCCGCACCAUUGGCAUUGCUGUUGACCCUCGCCGUCGCAACAGAUCCACAGAGUCCCUGCAGGCCAACGUCCAGAGGCUGAAGGAGUACCGCUCCAAACUCAUCCUCUUCCCCAGGAAGGCCUCUGCGCCCAAGAAGGGAGACAGCACUGAGGAGGAGCUCAAGAUGGCAACACAGCUCACUGGACCUAUCAUGCCCAUUAAAAACGUCUACAAGAAAGAGAAGGCCCACGUGAUCACGGAGGACGAGAAGAAGUUCAAGGCUUUCGCCAGCCUGCGCAUGGCCCGUGCCAAUGCACGCCUCUUUGGCAUCCGCGCCAAGAGGGCAAAGGAGGCCGCCGAGCAGGAUGUAGAGAAGAAGAAAUAGAAGACUGUUUGUAUGAAACUCAGAAUAAAGCCUCCCAAAAUAC